AUCCCAUGUGUGCUCCUCGCCCCUCCACAAAUCACAUCAGAAGUGAGCACGGACUACAACUGAGUGCAAUACUACAAUAAUACGUUGGAAUGUUGCGUCGUUGCCGCUUGCCGCACUGGGUGACGAAGUUUCAAACGAUUGGCCAAAAUUGAGACUCACUGGAUAGUUCAUUAUUUCGAACAGUCGGCCAUCUUAGGAGACUGUAGAUCAAGAACGGCAUUCGUAUUUAACGUCUAUCCGGACGAUACACGCCGCCGUGCAGCGUAAAAUAUCUUACGUGAGUAUCCAGGUACCUCGGUAACGUAUUAUUAUUAAUUUUCUGUCAUCGUCGAUCCCGGACGGUGGUACAAUAUUUACGCGUCAAAUGCAGGGGAUCAAACAACAAACUGCACGAAUUCUAGUCCUGUAAACAACAGGAUCUUACACCGGCGCAUUGCCGGUCCUGUCCGAUCGGUUUUUAAAUGGAAGAUAUAGCGUUCGCCGCAUUUGCAGCUGCAGAAGCGUCAACGUUCGCAGCGACCGCGGCCAGAGAAGCAGCCACCGCCGCCACUGUAGCAGCCAACGCAGCCACAUUAGCAGAAGCAGCAGACGCGUCAAAAGCACUCUCCAUCUCGGCUUCGAUAGCAGUAACUGCAGCCGCGUCAGCAGCAGCCGCCGCUGAAGCAUUGGCGGAAAUUGUAGCCGAAGCGGUAGAGAUUGAAGAGGAACUGUUGGCUGAACGCACGGCUGCCGCCGCGUGAGCCAGACGCACAUAUCGUUUGACAUCCACGUAACCCUCUACACAAUUCGGUUAGGUCACGUCGACCUUCUCUUUGGCUUUUCAGUCAAGUGCACCAGUGACAAAAAGCAGAACUAAGACCAUUAAAAAAUCCAACAUGAUUAUCAACACGCCCGAUUAUUCUAUUUCCGAUCAUGUCUCUUUGGACGAAAACAAUGGUGAAUUUAAUACCUCUCCUGCAGUGUAUGAGCCAGCUGAGGAUACAUUUUUGAUGUUGGACGUUUUGGAAUUGGACUUGGAGCAAGUGGUUAAAACCCGGUUGUCAAAAACAAAUAUUGGUUCGUCUGACAAAUGUGGACCACUGUUGGUCAUUGAAUUAGGUAGUGGUUUUGGCAUCCUUACUGCUGCUAUAUCAAAGGCUCUAAGUGAUUCACUUUCAUCGUAUGCUGUUGGAGCUCACUGUAUAGCUGUAGACAUGAAUCCAACAGCUUGUCUUAAAACCAUUAUGACAUGCAAACUUAAUGGUGUUGAUGUGGAUGCAGUACGUGGCGACCUACUGACAUGGAUGCGACGUCCAGGAACAACGGAUGUCAAUAAUGACCCUAACAAAGAAGUGUUUGGCCCCAUUGAUAUACUUUUAUUCAAUCCGCCAUAUGUUCGAGGCCCAAAAGGUGAACUUGCACCAACACCUAGAGUAACAAAAAUUGACACUAACGAUCAGGCUAAAUACCAAAAGCAAGUAGCGGUAGAAGAUGCAGCUUGGCUGGGUGGUGGCCCAGAUGGUGUAGAUGUACUUAAGAGGGCUUUGCAUCAGGCUGCAGAUCUUCUAUCAGAGUUUGGAGUAUUCUAUGCACUGAUGAUUGAUUAUAAUUAUGAUGCGCUGGUGCGAGAUGAGAUGCAAGCUCGUCGUGAUCGAUCUGACCAGAAUAUUUAUUAUGAUGACUUGAACAAUAUAGAGUUGACAACUUUUGGAAGCAGCCCAGCUAGCAGACCAUUAAUAUGCACUCGUAUCUUGUCCCGGAACAUCAUUGGUGAACGCUUAGCUGUAUACCGAAUUUAUCGGCCUUUAGAUUUUGAUUAAUCGCACCCUGCAUUGUGUUGGACUGGCUACUAUCAUAGUACAUUUAUUUUAUUAACAUUCCUUUAAAUUUAUUUUUAUUUUAAAUAUUUGACAUAUUUUUAUCAUUAUACUUCUUUAUUUGCAUUUAUUGCGGCACAUACUGUAUCCCAUUCAAUUUAUUUCUGUAAUACUAUGUAUUACACAAAUCAGUUAAAUUAAACAUUAAUACAGAGUCUAUUUAAUACUUACAUACGUAAAUAUUAUUUUUUUAUACUGUAAAAUAUAUUGUUAUAAAACAAUCCAUUUGUUCAAUUUUUUAACUUUUAUUUCAAUUUUGUUUUUUUUAAUCACUUUUUUGUAGUUUUCAUCAAUUUCAUUUUUUUAAUACCAUGUUAAAUUUUGAAGCCAAUUAAUUAAUUAAGAAAAUAUUAUUUAUACUCGUAACAUUAUUAAUUAUUUGUUUUAUAUUAAAAAUAUAAACGUUUCGUUUUUAGUAAGAAAAAUUACUUGGAAAAUGAAUAACUUAUAGUUUUCAAUUUAUUAAGAAUUAUACAAGUUGUAAAAUAGAUGGAUAUUCUAUUUUUUUUCAUCUUUUCAAGUUAAAAUAUUUUUGUAGUAUAUUUUGUACUUUGAUAAGUAAUUAAAAAUAUUUUGACUGCAUU